AUGAUUGCCUUCGUUCCCUCAUCCGUUCGCUCUUACCUUCGUCUAGAUGCUCCGCCAGACGUUGGGCGUCUCUUGGAAGCCUACGACGUAGCUCGCUACCUCGCCACAUUCAACAGCGCAGCUGAAGUGUUUGGACUCUUGAGCGUUUCGGACGUGAGGAGAGCGCUGAUCAAGAGGCCGCAAAGGGUUGAUUUGUUGAUCCGUCUCUUGAUCGCUCAUCUCGAAGCGCUUGUGCACGAUGAACACUUUUGUCCCAGACCUGUUGCAGCCGCCAAGAAUGCGACCAGCGGCGGACCUCUUGGCUGGAUGGGUGCGGGUGCGGGUGCGGGUGCGACAAGAGGAGCAGCAGGCGCCCAUGAUGGUGAUGGGAGCGCGGCGCAGAGGCGGGACAGGCACAAGGAAUGUUUGAAUUGCUUGAGGAUAUUGACGAGAAUCAUUCCCGUCAUCUUGGAGGGAGAUCACGAUCCCACUUGCAACGCUUCAGCAGAGGGGGAAGGCAACGGCGAUGGCGCUGGCGAUGGCGAUGGCAACAUCAAUCCCAAUCCCAACCUCAACACCCAAUCCACAUCGGAAGGCGAGGCUAACAAUUCGACGCGCGCCAGCCUCAAUACUGAUGAAUUUCAGAAAAGGCUCUUUUUCAGCAAGUUGAGAGCGGAUGAGUUGCCUCCGCUAGGCGAACAGAACAGAGACAACAGCUCGGCACGCGAUGUCGAUGACGAUGAACGGAAAGACGCAACGGAACCCUCGCUGAUCGAACGAUUCCUAAGCGUCGUCAUCGAUUUGCUCUUCUACUCCGGCUUCACCAUUCCUUGGACGCCCGAACAGCUUAGUCUUCCUCACGACACGCCCCCGAGGGAGUCUCGCGUGCACUACGCGAUCUGGGAACAGGGAGUUGGCAGUUCCAUUGAGCUAGCAGGAGCUACUCGAGCGCACGAAUCUGCUCGCGUCGAGCUGAUGAGGUUGUUGCUGGUCCUGCUCAGCAGAUCCAUCUACGUCUCUGCUGCGAAUCAGGCCGACCUGUUUGAUGCUGCUUUGGAGUACACUUCUUGCAAGCUGGACAGGAGCGUCGUGCUGCCUUUGCUCUGCAGCUUGCUCAAUACCGCGGUCAAGCACGCUACAGACUCGGGUUGGCUAGGUGGUCUUGGCAGUCUGGCAGCCAUUCCUGGAGGCCUUGUCAAGGACAGACUGAGCGGCACAGCGGGCGUGCAGGAAAAUCGAGCUGCCUUGGUCGGGCUUUGUCUUCAAACUUUGGACGUCAUCCUUGGCUACGUCCCCAACAUCAAAGACGCGCCCAACAGCUCUGCCUCGAAUUCUCAAUCGCAUCAAAGACCUUCUCUGACAGCUCACUCCUCCACGAGCUCCAUCACCUCCACAUCAUCUGAUGGUCCCAAGAACGCAUCGCAAGCUCAAGCAUCGCUCAUCAAUGCUUUUCGCUUCUACCUUUCCAAGAUGCAUCGACACUCCGACUUUGUGCUGCUAAGUGCUGGCAUGUUCGAGAUGCUGAGCGCAAAGAUCAACUCGAUGGGCAUCCUGCCUUUGGCUUCCGCGGCCGCACCAGCCCUCACCACGGGCUCCGCAGGAGACACGGGUCCAGGCGCGCACAUGCCCGAAGCGCUGCUGCUCCUAUGGCGACUAAUGACUCUGAAUCCUCGUUUCAGACUCUUUCUCCUGGAUGAUCCGGUUCGAGCGCCUCUAUUGCUGUCUCGACUGCUUUUCCAUGCAUUGCACAACAAGGAUUCAGCAGCUCAGCAAGGAUUGGUUCGAUUGUGCGUCUUUGUCCUGCAAGACAUCAGUUCCACGCCUGCUUUUGCUGCUCAUAUCAGUGCUGCGGGAUCAGCGAACAGGGCCAAGAUACCUGGUGGGCAUAAGUGGGGCAUCACUGCUGGCGGAUCCAACGCGGGAGGCGGAGCGGGUGGAGAUGGUGCUGGAUCAGCAGCAGACGUUUUGAUACAGGCGACUUACUCGCUCAUGGCUACGACCAAGGGCAGUCUGUCAACGCUAUACGCCCCUCUGGUCAUCAGCCUGGCCAACACUGCUCCGGCAUGGACGAACAUUACCGUGCUUAGCUCCCAACGUCUGGUCGGCCUCCUCAGCAGCUUCUCUGCCCCGAGCUUCUUGCUCGCAGACGAAUCGCACCCCCGGCUCGUCUUUUUCUUGCUGGAAACCAUCAAUGGCGUCAUUCAUCACCACCCCAAACAGAAUGCGAACCUCAUCUAUGCCUUGCUGCGAAAUCACAAGAGCGUCUACAGGCUCGUCACGUUUACGCUGCGCAAGGGAGUUGCGGAGAUCAGAAGGAACAGAACGCGGGCGGGUAGCGCCUUUGCGAAUAUUGGCGCAAGUAUUGGUCAGCUUCCUGUCACACCGAAUUCGGGCACUACGACUCCUUCAGGAGGUUUGCGCUCUGAGAAGGCGCGAGGCAAGAUGAGAGAGCAAGAGAGCAUCGGCUUGCAGGAAGACACGGGGACGGGCGUAUCGUCAAACGCGUCCGCUCCGUACGCUUCGUCCGAAUUGCCAGCGACGCCCGACGAGGCAGAGGUCUGGGCAGCAUCCUUGACCGAUGCCGAACUGCAACUGGCAGCGGAAAAUAUCGGCAGGAAUGGCUUUGUGCCUACCCAGCCUUGGAUCGCAUCGUGGCAAAAGGGCCUCCCAUUGGAUUCUCUGCAGAUCCUCCUUGGAGAAGUGCUGCCUAAGCUCAACGAGUUGGUCAAGAGCGAUCAGAUACGUGGCAAGUCCGACGCAGACUCUAGGGUCUGCGCAUGGAUUCGAGAAGUGGACUUGGAUCGCGUAUUGCCUCAGAAAACGCCAGUGUAUUUGCGGCCUUUCAAAUGGAACGAGCAAGCUAGGAUAUGGAUUCUUUCUUAUUUGUGGGGUCUGGUGUAUGUCUCUGCCCAAUUGCCAUAG